AUGUCUGAAAUUACUCUUGGAAGAUACUUGUUCGAAAGAUUGAAGCAAGUUAAUGUUAACACCAUUUUUGGGCUACCAGGCGACUUCAACUUGUCACUAUUGGACAAGAUCUACGAGGUGGAUGGAUUGAGAUGGGCUGGUAAUGCAAAUGAGCUGAAUGCGGCCUAUGCCGCCGAUGGUUACGCACGCAUCAAGGGUUUAUCCGUACUGGUAACUACUUUUGGUGUAGGUGAACUGUCCGCCUUGAACGGUAUUGCAGGUUCGUACGCCGAACACGUCGGUGUGCUGCACGUCGUUGGUGUUCCCUCCAUCUCCGCCCAGGCUAAACAAUUAUUAUUGCAUCAUACCUUGGGUAACGGUGAUUUCACCGUUUUCCACAGAAUGUCUGCCAAUAUCUCUGAAACUACAUCAAUAAUUACAGACGUUGCUACAGCGCCUUCAGAGAUUGAUAGGUUGAUCAGGACAACGUUUAUAACACAGAGACCCAGCUAUCUGGGGUUGCCAGCGAAUUUAGUGGAUCUAAAGGUUCCUGGCUCUCUUUUGGAAAAACCAAUUGACCUAUCAUUAAAGCCUAACGACCCUGAAGCUGAGAAAGAAGUUAUUGAUACUGUACUGGAACUGCUUCAGAAUUCGAAGAAUCCUGUUAUACUGUCCGAUGCUUGUGCUUCUAGGCACAACGUUAAGAAAGAAACUCAGAAGUUAAUUGAUUUGACUCAGUUCCCAGCUUUUGUGACGCCUUUAGGUAAAGGGUCGAUAGAUGAACAGCAUCCCAGAUACGGCGGUGUUUAUGUAGGGACGCUGUCCAAGCCGGACGUGAAACAAGCCGUCGAAUCAGCAGAUUUGAUCCUUUCCGUUGGUGCUUUGCUAUCAGAUUUUAACACGGGUUCAUUUUCUUACUCCUACAAGACCAAGAAUGUAGUCGAAUUUCAUUCCGAUUACAUUAAGGUGAAAAACGCUACGUUCCCCGGUGUACAAAUGAAAUUUGCCCUGCAAAAAUUAUUGAGCGUUAUUCCUGAUGUUGUUAAGGGCUACAAAAGCGUUCCAGUACCAACAAAACCCCCCGCAAACAAAGAUGUGGCUGCCAACACACCCUUGAAACAGGAGUGGUUAUGGAAUGAACUGUCUAAGUUCUUGCGGGAAGGUGAUGUUAUCAUUUCCGAGACCGGUACGUCCGCAUUCGGUAUCAAUCAAACCAUCUUUCCCAAAGACGCAUACGGCAUUUCGCAGGUGCUAUGGGGGUCCAUCGGCUUUACUACAGGAGCCACUUUAGGCGCUGCCUUUGCCGCUGAGGAGAUCGACCCGAACAAAAGAGUCAUCUUAUUCAUUGGUGACGGGUCAUUGCAGUUGACCGUGCAAGAAAUCUCUACGAUGAUCAGAUGGGGGUUGAAGCCGUAUCUGUUUGUCCUUAACAACGACGGUUACACCAUUGAAAAGCUGAUUCAUGGACCUCAUGCUGAGUACAACGAAGUCCAAACCUGGGAUCACCUCGCCCUGUUGCCCGCAUUUGGUGCGAAAAAGUACGGAAACCACAAAGUUGCUACUACAGGCGAGUGGGACGCCUUAACGACCGAUCCAGAGUUCCAGAAAAACUCGGUGAUCAGACUAAUUGAAUUGAAACUACCUGUCUUUGAUGCCCCGGAGAGUUUGAUCAAGCAAGCUCAAUUGACUGCUGCAACAAACGCCAAACAAUAA